AUGGGAGAGCUGCGUCUCCUGUGUGUGGCCACCCAGCAUGGUGAUGCGGAGAGUGUAAGUUACCUCCUCCAUGAGGCCCGUGUGCCCCUGCCCCUGGAGCCAUCGGAGGGAAACCCCGCCGUCCUUGCUGCCCACUAUGGACAUGUCAGCCUGGUCAGAGAGCUGCUCGACUCAGUACCAGGUCCGUGUGUCCACAGAGAUCUGCUGAACUGGAUGUUGGUGUCGGCGUGCCAACAGGGUCACCUGGAGGUGGUUAGAAUGUUGGUGCAGGGUUACCAUGCUGACGCUGAGGACUGUGCCAUCCACAACGAGGAGUUUGCUGUCAUCACGGGGCUGCCUCUCUAUGCUGCUGCACGCGCAGGUAAUGAGGACAUAGCUAGUUUCCUGCUGCAGAAUGGUGCUGGGUUCUCCUCCUACACCCUGAUGGAUUAUCCUGCCUUCAGCAGACUGCUCCUUGAACAACGACUGCUACUAUGUGGCCGUUGGUCAGGUCUGAAGCUGCCGUGGUUGGAGCUGGACUGGUUCAUGGACGUGUCGUCCCGUAUCUCCCACCUGGACCUGUCCUGUAACAGCCUCAGCACCCUGCCCUCCGUGGUUCCCUGGGGGCUCAUACAGCUCCAGACCCUAGACCUCUCCAACAACCUGUUCAAAGAGCUGCCCACAGCACAAAGCUCACAGGAGAUCAUCUGCUCAAGACUUCGCCAGGUGAAUCUGUCUCAGAAUGAGUUGACCAGCCUGCCGUCCGGACUGCUCCAUCUCACCAGAGUCCAAAAGCUCUCCGCUGUUAAGAACAAGCUCACCUCCCUAUUUGACAUUCCUAAUGGUACUAACUGGAUAGGUCUGCGUAAGCUGGAGGAGCUGGAUGUGUCUGAUAACUGUCUGACCAGUCUUCCUUCUGCUGUUCUGCACUCUUUCAAAUCCCUUACGUCCCUCAAAGUCUGCCGGAACAGACUCACCAGCUUCCCUGACCCCUGGGCCUGCCCUCUGAAGCACUGUCGAGCCUCAUCCAACGCCAUCGAGAGUCUUCCCAAUACCAUCUCCAUCUUCUGGAGAACUCAGCUGCAGGAGGUGGAUUUCUCGGACAACGUCAUCAAGGAGCUGCCCUCCUAUAUAUUCGAGCUGGAGGCCCUGGUCUCUCUCAGACUGUGUAAGAAUCAGAUCUCCACUCUCCCGGCACCCAACAAGUGGAAAUGCUCUCUGCUCAGAACCCUUGACCUCUCCAGGAACCAGCUGGGCAAUAAUCCAGGUAUUCGAGAGCUUCCAGCUGAGUUGGGGCAGCUCUCUAACCUGUGGCAGUUGGACAUUGAGGACCUCAACAUCACUAAUGUUCCCCAGGACAUCAGGAAAGAAGGUCCAGCAUCAGUGUUGUCCUUUCUCCGAGCCCACCUACGGAAGGCGGAGCCCUGUAAGCUGCUGAAACUGCUUGUGAUUGGUCCUCCUCGGCAGGGGAAAGACGGCCCUCCUGGAGGUGUUACAGACGGGCAGGACCUCCCUUUCUCCCCUGCAGAACGAAACAUCAGCACAGCUACUUGGGAACUGGACAGACCCAAUGGUGUUAAAGCUAGCACGGACUCUGUGGCGUUCAACGUGUGGGACAUCGGCGGUCCGGCCAACAUGUCCACGGUCAACCAGUGUUUCUUCACGGACAAGGCCCUGUACGUAGUCAUCUGGAACCUAGCUCUGGGAGAGGAGGCUGUAGCCAAUCUGCAGUCCUGGCUGCUUAACAUUGAGGCGCGUGCCCCUAACUCUGCGGUGGUGGUGGUGGGUACCCACCUGGACCUGAUCGACACCAAGUUCCGUACAGAGCGGGUGGCCACACUGAGGGCCUACAUCCUGGCACUCAGCAGGUCUCCAUCAGGCGCCAGGGCCAGUGGCUACCCAGACAUCACCUGGAAACACCUGCAUGAGGUAUCGUGUAAGACCCAGGAGGGUCUGGAUGGUCUGAGGAGGUUGAUCUUCCAGGUGGCCUGCUACAUGAAGGACAACAGCAGUAGUUCAGCUAGCGGACACAAGCUGGUGGGCAGACUGAUCCCAAAGAGCUACCUGACGCUGCAACAAGCGGUGCUAGGUGAGCGGGGGCGGCGGGACGCAGAAGACGAGGUCCAGUACCUGACAGACGCACAGCUGGACCUCGUCAUAGAGCAGAACCCAGGAAGUGACAUCAGAGACUACGAGGACCUGCAGACCGCCAUAAGCUUCCUGAUCGAGACAGGCACCCUCCUCCACUUCCCAGACACCAGUCACGGCCUGUGUACCCUCUACUUCCUCUGUCCCGUGUGGCUGUCGGAGUGUCUGGAGCGGAUCAUCCACCUGAAGAGCUCCCGAUCGACGGAGGAGCAGUACUUCCAGUUUCUGGCCAAGUUUGAGAUUGCUCUGCCUGUGGCCAGCGAUAGUUACCUCCUCCCCCACCUCCUUCCUCCUAAACCUGCUAUGGACAUCCACGGCUUCCGCCAAGAGACCGCCAACACCAUCCAGCGGCUCUUCAAGAUGAGCUUCGUGCCGGCGGGAUUCUGGGAACGUUUCAUCGCCCGCAUGCUCAUCAGCCUCACAGAGAUGGACCUCCAGUCCUUUGAGCCUAAGAAGAAUGCUAAGAGCGAACGGAGGAGGACCACGGUGAUCUACAAUUUUGCGGGGACAGGCAGCCAACAGAGGAACCGCUGUAGCACCUUCAGAGUCCGCCGCAGUAAGACCAUCUACUGGAGAGAGGGACUACUGGUCACCUUCGACGGAGGGUAUCUAAGUGUGGAAUCGACUGAUGUCAACUGGAAGAGGAAGAAAAGCGGAGGCAUCAAGAUCAUUUGUCAAUCAGAGACCAGGGAUUUUUCAGCCAUGGCCUUCGUUACGGAUCACGUCAACUCCCUCAUCGAACAGUGGUUCCCUGCACUGACGGCCAGUGAGAGUGAUGGGACCCGGUUGAUUGAGCAGUACUCCCCCUGUCCCCAGUGUUCCUCCAUGAGCAGACAGAACCAGGGGCCUGGGAGUCUGGGAGAACCCCCAACCAAGGGGACUGCAGCUGGAAGAAGAGGAGGAGAAGGCAGAGAAAAGGUUGGUGGAAGAGGAGAGCACUUCUUCAACAUGGAGGACUGUGUGAUCGCUGCCAUGGACCAGGACUACAUAGUGUGUCCCCAGCACCCCGACCAGCCUGUCCCCCUUCAGGAGCUGGUCCCAGAGCUUUUCAUGACCGACUUCCCCUCACGGUUGUUUCUAGAGAAGGCCCAGUUGGAGUGUAGUGAGGAGGAGAGUGAUAUCCUGGGCCAGGGGGGCAGUGGAGCUGUCAUCUACAGAGCCUGUUACCGCGGCCAACCAGUCGCCAUCAAACGCUUUCACUUCAAGAAGUGCAGGCAGCAGACCAUCAGCAGUGAUACAGACACCAUGAUGAAGCACUUCCAGUCCAUGGACGCGUGCCGGAGCUUCUCAGAGUUCCGCCAGGAGGCCAGCAUGCUCCACUCCCUGCAGCACCCGUGCAUCGUGGCCCUGGUGGGAAUCAGUAUCCACCCGCUCUGCUUCGCCCUGCAGCUGGCUCCCCUGGGCAGCCUCAACACUGUGCUGGAGGACCGACAUAAAGGCUCCAGGUACAUGCCCCUGGGUCACAUGCUCACCUUCAGGGCAGCCUAUCAGAUCGCAGCGGGGCUGGCCUACCUGCACAGGAAGAACAUAAUCUUCUGUGACCUCAAGUCAGACAACAUCCUGGUGUGGUCCCUGGAGGUGUGUGACCUGGUGAAUAUCAAGCUGUCGGACUACGGCAUCUCGCGCCAGUCCUUCCACGAGGGGGCACUGGGGGUGGAGGGCACGCCGGGAUACCAGGCCCCCGAGAUACGCCCAGGCAUCGUUUAUGAUGAGAAGGUGGAUAUGUUCUCGUAUGGGAUGGUUGUGUAUGAGUUGCUGUCAGGUUGUAGGCCUGCGUUGGGCCAGCACCAGCUCCAGAUAGCUAAGAAGCUGUCUAAAGGGAUCCGUCCGGCCCUGGGGAGCCCAGAGGAAGUCCAGUUCCACUGUCUGCACGGCCUGAUGAUCGAGUGCUGGGACACUAAGCCUGAGAAGCUCUUCCUGUCCCACCUGCAGGGACACAGCGCUGUCUUCUGGGACGGGGACAAGGACGACAGGAGCAGGGAAGUGUCCAUCUACAGUCUAAAGGAGAUGUGUCCACUGAGCCAGCCCCAGAAACAGCUCUCCUGUCCUGCUAUAGUCACCUGUCUGUUCCCCGUGCCCGCCAGAGACCAGAGACCAGGUAACUCUCCUGUAGUCACCUGUCUGUUCCCCGUGCCCGCCAGAGACCAGAGACCAGGUAACUCUCCUGUAGUCACCUGUCUUUUCCCUGUGCCCGCCAGAGACCAGAGACCAGGUAACUCUCCUGUAGUCACCUGUCUUUUCCUUGUGCCCGCCAGAGACCAGAGACCAGGUAACUCUCCUGUAGUCACCUGUCUGUUCCCCCGGGCUCGCCAGAGACCAGGUAACUCUCCUGUAGUCACCUGUCUUUUCCCUGUGCCCGCCAGAGACCAGACCCAGGCGCGUGUCUUCAUGGGGAUGUCAGACGGUCUGGUGGCAGUGUACUCCCUGGUGGAUGACAUGCCUGUAGAAGGAGAGACCUAUCUGUGUUCUCACACCCUCAAUACGACCAUGUUUGGGAUGGAGGACUCUGACCCAAGACAGAGACCCUACCCACUGUGGUACUCCCAUGGUCCAGGCCUGCUGGUGAUCAACUGCCGGACCCCUCCAGGCGGUGUCGUCUGGACCCCCUACGACCCCCCAUCCUCCAUACAGGCCCUGGCCUCCAGCCUCUGUCUGUCAGGGGAUGAGGCAGUGGGGACCCUGGACGACCACACCAACACCCUACAGCUCUACCACGCUGCCACCUACCAGCUCUGUGCCACGUACAGGUGUGUGAGACCUGUGGCGACGCCAACCCCUCCGGGACGUGUUCACUGUACAGCGACCUGCAGGGGUUACCAUGGAUACGACCCUGACCUUGACUCAAAGAGGAAGGGUCUAGAGGAGGAGGAGGAGGAGUGUCCUAACGGCGAAGUGACGCUGAUCUACAGCGCGGAGGCAGGGACUCAGAUCAUCCAGCACCAGGAUUCGCGACGGACUACUGCUCCAGUCCUCUGA